UCAGGAUGCACUGAAUCGACAGCCUAGUCUAAAUCUGACACCAGGAGGACGUCCAAGCUUAUCAGCAGCUCAUGCUGCUCAGAAGAUUAAUCAAACCGACUUAAUCCGUAGUAUCAGUGGUGAGAGAGUGCUUCAGAAACUCCCAGAUGGUUCUCCACUUCAUUAUGAAGAUCUGCUUUCAUUCCAAGCACAUAGUAGGGACCUUUCAUCCACUUCAGCUGUAGGAGUUCCUAAGCCGAUGAUUCUGCCACAACGCAAGCCUGGAGGAAAGCGAGGAUUAAAAGAGGGAUUAGAAGGAUCAGAUCCUCCCCCAAAGGGAAUUAAAAGAAGAAGAAAAGAUGAGAAUGAUGACGACAUAUUCCGAGCUUGUAAAGUGUGCGGGGAGGAGGCGGGAAGACACAGUUAUUACGGUGGACAGGUUUGCGCCUCCUGUCGAGCUUUCUUCCGGCGUUCCGUUAACAGCGGGGCAAAUAAAGCGUAUUUCUGCGUCAAGAAUGGAAACUGUGAAGUAAACUCGAAAACGAGGAAACAAUGCCAGUAUUGCAGGUACCGGCUAUGUGAGGAUGCUGGUAUGAAAACUUCCUGGGUUCUAACGGAUACAGAGAAGAAAUUAAAAUCAUCCGAGGGUAAAGAGGGAAAACAGAAACGAAACAGCAUAGAUUACGAUGAGGUUUCGAAUCCACCGAGCUUAUCUGGAGAAUCCUCGAGCAUUUUCAUCUCGGAGACGGAGCUGGUUCUGAUCAACGAGCUCGUCGAGAUAUCAGACUUCUGGGAGACGAGUAAAGUUAAUGAUAUGGAUACUACGCUUAUACGGGAAAUUUUCAGAAUGGUGGCAUUUGGUUCCAUGUUAUCUGAGGUUGGUUUAGCACAGCUGGCCGGAACUAUGAAACUCAGAACUAAAAACUUCGCAUUAAGGUUACGUGAACUGCAGCAGCUUUCAAAACAAGACAGGGAUUAGAUUCUUACAAAGAAUAUCCCUAUCCUGAUCAAGUUGAAGAUCUCUACGUUCUUCAACCCUGAGUUGAACUGGAGCAAGCAGUUGUCUGGUCUCCUGGGUUCUGGUGAGGUGGAGAAGUUGGAUCGUAAACUCAAGAGUUUGGAGUGCGUAGGUUUGGAUGAGAAAAGACUGAAAUAUUCUCAAUUCUUUGCCACGCCCUUUCUUCAAACCGAGGAGGCGGAGCAGGACUUCUGCAGGCUUCUUAACAAGAUUGGAUCUUGGCCGGAGGUGAAAUUUUAGCCUUUCUCUUAAUUUUUA